AUGAGUCGUCGUGUUAAUCGCGCCGACGAACCUCAUCUCGAUCUCAGUCACGUCCGCGAAACGGAUACCUCGGCGAUCUUAUAUAUGGCCUUCGCGCUGGGCGUUCGCGAAAUUAUUCGGUUCUUCGGGUACCCGAGAUCGACCGUAUAUGACGUUGCGGCUAAAUAUUUGGCUUCGGAGACGUCCGAAAAAGGUUCUGCCAACCCGACAAGGAAGAGCCAUUCGAAAGAAAAGUCAGUAAGGACUCCAGCAAUUAUCGAAAGAGCUCAAGAGCUCAUCUCAGAGGACCCAGGGCUGUCUCUAACGAAAUUGGCCAAAACAUUGGGUGUGAGUGACACUACAAUGCGUCGAAUUGCUGAAGAGGACCUACGCUUCAAGUCCUAUGUAAUAAAAGUUCGACAAAUGCUCUCUGAGGCUGCCAAGAUGAACAGAGUUGCUCGCUGUAACUUGCUUCUGUGUUCGUUUUGGCCUCCGAACAGUCCAGAUUUGAAUUCGUUGGACUAUUAUGUGUGGAGCGUCAUUGAACGAGUGACCAACAAGUCAAGACAUCCCAAUGUGACAUCUCUCCAAACCGCUAUCGAAGCAGCAUUCGCCAAUAUAGACAAGGACGCGUUGCAGAGAGCGUGCCAGCGCUUCAGGAUGAGGAUCGAUGCAGUCAUCGAAGCAAAAGGGGGUUAUAUAGAGUAA